UUGGUAAAUGAUGCGAUUCCAAUUCGCUUCGUAGCACAAUUCCCUGCAUCGACACAGCCCGUGUACGAAUGUUAGGCCAUAAUCGGAGGAGGGCUUCUCUAAGUGAUGAGCUUGGGGACCGUUGCUUCCACCGCAGGGCACUUCAUUGGGGAUGAAGUGCCUGAAAGAAGUAAAAUAUACUGCGGGCCGUAAAGCUGCCACAAGAAUAAAGAACAGAACUAAGAAAUACUUCAAGUUUGGCGACAAUUUCGGCUUGAUUGAUUCCGCAUCGCUUGUUGACUCUCAGGACGUAUGAUGAGGACGGGGUCACGAGGAUAUGCCCAAGGAGUUCGAUCUUUGGUCUGAGUUCAAGAGUAACGUUAAAAGAGGCCCCUCUGAAGCUUAGUUCUCGUAGCCGACAGAAGCAGUGAAACACACUUGAAAAACUGAUCAUACACCGAGGGCUGAAAUGUGUUAGUCAAUCUUGGCCGACAAUGCUAUUCAUGAAGGAUGCGGUGAACGACGUAUCAGCUCGCAGCUACCGGGCCGGCCAGGGUUCUAACCCCAAUUUGUGCCACUCCAAGUGCAGAAGCCGAUAUUGGAACUAACGCGCAAAGUUGAUAACAAAUCAGGGAAUUCUUAUUCUGUAUUUCUCUUCUCGAAGACAUUAUCUCUCGGCUGUCCGCGCGUUCUCAAGAUGUUUGAAUUGAAGCAGUUACUGUUCCCAACAUUUUGCGCCAUUAUUAUUUUCCCUUUCACUUUAGACCUUCCGACUGUAAGCUCAGAGACUUUGUCGGUCUCUUCUAGAUGGAUCGUGGAUCAAUCAGGGGCAAGGGUGAAGCUUGCUUGUGUGAAUUGGGCUGGUCACUUGGAACCAAUGCUGCCAGAAGGUCUGGAUAAGCAGCCUAUUUCUAACAUCACGGACUUGAUAGUGUCAUCUGGUUUCAACUGCGUACGAUUGACUUGGGCUACAUAUAUGUUUACGAGAGCAGAAUUUGGAGGACAAACUGUGGGGCAAUCGCUGAGCUCUUUUGGACUGCAGGCAGCACUUGAUGGAGUUACAAACUACAAUCCGAACUUCACUCAGCUGAGUCUUACAGAAGCAUACACUGAAGUCGUCUCAGAACUCGGUAAGAAGGGAUUGAUGAUUAUUCUGGACAACCAUGUCAGCAAGCCUAGUUGGUGCUGUGGAUACUCCGAUGGGAAUGGAUUUUGGGGAGACCAGUUCUUUGAUCCUGCCGAGUGGUUGAUGGGUUUAGAGGCUGCUGCCAACUUAUCACUGGAUCAUAACAAUGUCAUCGGCAUUGGUCUUCGCAAUGAACCUCGCGGCCCUCGUUCAAAUUCUGCUGACUGGCGGAAAAAUAUAGAGAGCGGUGCUGAGACUGUUCACAAGGUGAAUGAUCAUCUUCUUGUAUGCGCUGGAGGGUUGAGUUUUUCGGCAGACCUUUCAUUCUUGUUUCGUGAGCCACUGACAUUCAGCACCCCUUCUAUCCGCCAAAAGCUGGUUUACGAGCUGCAUUGGUACUCUUGGUACUCGGGCUUGCCUUAUGGCUCUGGGAAUCUCAAUCAGAUUUGCUCCAGCGACAUGAAGAGAGUUAUGGAUGCAGUUGGCUUUUUACUUACUCCCGAUCAGCCAUAUACCUCACCUGUCCUGGUCUCAGAAUUCGGCCUUGAUCAGGGUGGGCGCGACCCUACAGGAAAUCGCUUCUUUGAUUGUUUCAUGACGUUUGCUGCAAAGUUGGAUCUAGAUCACGCUCUGUGGGCUCUUCAGGGUUCCUACUAUGAACGGAAUGGUGUUCGGGACUUGGAUGAGACUUUCGGAUUAUUGACACAUACUUGGGAUGCAGUACGGAAUCCUGGAUUCGUUCAACGACUAGGAGCUCUCAAGUACCCUUUGCCCAGCCCAGUGACUUUCGGUUUCACAACAUAUUCUGCGAUUUUCCACCCGGCAACUGGCUUGUGCGUAUCUGCCCGUGCUAAUACCAGCUUGGUGCUUUCUUCGUGUGGAAGGGGCUCAAGUGUAUGGUCGUAUGAUACCACAACAUUGAUGAUCAUAUUUUCAGAACGUUCAGUCAUAUCAGCUCCAGGUGAAGGAUUCCCUGCGGUGGUUACGCAUGACGCUGGCUGCAAGGGGUGUCAGUGGAACGUUGUUGGCGGUGCCCAACUCCAGCUGCAAAGUCAGGUUGGAGAUAAAUUCUUGUGCUUGGAUGGGACAUCAGGAACAGAUAUUACUGCCGAGACUUGUCUUUGUCUAGAAAGCUCCCAGUGUGUGAAUUCAGCUCAGGUACCUACUUCUCAAUGGUUUCAAUUCAUCACAAUGCAAAGCUCGCAAGCGGGAGUUACUAUCUCGUCCGCGUAGAGCGAUACAAAGUGUAAAGUCAUUCAGUUUUCCUACCCAUUUCCUGCUCUUGAAGAAUGCUCACAGUAAUCUGAACGCAUGCGUCAAGAGGAUUUUGAAAACAACGACGCACUUGAGUGAUCAAGGUCUGUGGGGCUUUCGACACUCGAGGUUUGCUUUGUACAGUACUUGGAUAGCCAAUCCUACCGAGCGGGGAUGGGGUCAUACGCCUUACGCAGGUUUGAGUUGUAGAGACAAGUUCGAAGCACCCUGGGAUAUACCGAGAAAGGAAAACAUUAUCAUUGUAUCCACAGGUUACUGCACUUAAAUGCAGGGUAAUCCACUCUGGAACAAACGAAGUUUCAUGAACGUUUGUGGAGAGGGUUGCGAGAGUACUCAAAUUCGUAUACACCAGUGCAUACUUGAAAGUUAUGCAGGCCGAUACAAUUUGGAAAACUUGUAGGCUAUACACUUUACCAUGGCUGUAAUGAAAGGACUUCACGUGCUGAAAGUGAAUCCACAUGUCUCCUACAUCCUGGCCCAUGUGUGUUCUGCUAAGAUAAACAGUGAAUCCCUCCAGCCCUCAAAAUUCGUCAAAUUCUCGCAAGUGUAUGGAGAUAUGCAUACAAGUUGAGUGUUCAAAGUUCUCUUUAAGGUUCCCCUUGAAACUAUCUUGAAUAGAGAAGAGAAUGAUCAAUUCUGGGAUAGCUACUCCAUAUGACGAUGCACAUAUACUUUAAAUUCCGUUUAUUGCCAGACUGCUUUUGCAGUUUUAGAAAAAAUACCCACACAUGGACCCUCAUAUCGAACUCCUGAAUGAUCUUGACAAUGACCCAGGCCAAUACACAGUUGCCGUUGUACAUUUGUGAACUUCUUUGAUGUCUCCGUGCCAGUUGAGCAGCACAUCGUCCUGUAAGACGAAUCUGGACUUGGUCUUCUCCAGAAAGAGAUGCCCAUUCCACUGCUGAGCAAAACCGUCGCGAAACCGUCUGCGCUAGUCAUCGGGAC